AUGAAUAACACAUCUAUUCUUUUCAAGUCUUUGAAAGUUGGAGAAUUAAAUCUUCCAAACAGGAUCGUUAUGGCUGCAAUGACUAGAAUGAGGUGUAAUAAUGACACUAAGGUUCCAAAUGACAUAGUGGCAGAUUAUUAUUCAUAAAGGGCUUCAUCUGGGUUGAUUUUAACUGAAUGUACCUUAGUAAGUUAAAGAUCUAAUGCAUUCCCAGGAUGUGCUGGCAUUAUAAGUGAAGAAUAAGUUGAAGGAUGGAAAAAAGUUAUAGAUGCUGUACAUAAGAAGAAUGGAAGAAUUGCUUUAUAGAUUUGGCAUAGUGGAAGAGCCACUCAUUCCAAUUUAUAGGGUGGUUAAAUUCCAUGGGCCCCAUCUCCAAUUGCUAUAAAUGGAGUAAAUUACGCUGUCAAAUAACCACAUGAAGUACCUCAUGAGAUGACAACAGAAGAUAUCAAAUUAGUGAUAUAACAAUUCAAAGAAGGUGCCUAUAGAGCCAAAAAGGCUGGAUUUGAUGCAGUAGAGUUACAUGGAGCAAAUGGUUACUUAGUAGAUUAGUUUUUAAGAAGUUAUACAAAUAGAAGAAACGACUAGUAUGGUGGAUCAGUGGAAAAUAGAUCUAGAUUUUGUUUAGAAAUUAUUGAUGAAUUAGUUCAAGUUUUUGGUAAAGGAAGAGUAGGAAUUAAAGUAAGUCCAGUUGGCAGAUACAAUGACAUGUUUGAUGAAGAUCCCGUUAAGCUUUAUACUUAUUUGUUCAAAGAAUUAGAUAAAAGAUAAAUUGCAUUUAUUGAAAUCAUGAAUAGCAAAGAUGAAGAGAACGCAUAUGGUUAUGGUCACCCAGCAUCUGAAAAAUAAGUGCCUAAUCUAUUACAAUUAUUGAGACCCUCUUUUAAGGGUGUUAUUAUUGGAAAUGUAGGAUUGACAGCCUAAACAGCAGCCUAAGGCAUAGAACAAGGAUUAUUUGAUGCAGCUAGCUUUGGUACUCUAUACAUCGGAAAUCCUGAUUUAGUUGAGAGAUUCAAGGAUAAUUUGAAAUUAUCUGAUUCUGAUCCUAAGAAAUAUUUUGGUGGAAAUCAUGAAGGCUACUCUGAUUACCCACCUUAUUAAGGAUGAGAUUGAAUAAUCAUUAUUAUAUCGUAAAUAUCAAAAAUAUAAAUAAGUUUUAUAA